CGGUUUAUUUAUUGUUCCCACCACAAAAUUUUACUAAGGUCAGCCAAAAAAAACCCUUUUAUAAUCUUUUUAGCAUAUAAUUCCAUGACUAAGACCGCCACUGCUACUGCUCCGACCAAGUCCGACCCGCCGCUGCUACAUCGACCAUACUCUGACCACCAUACCACUGCUCCAAAAACCAUUCUACGACCAUCGUACCACUACUCCGACCACCGUAUCACUACUCUAACAACCGUACCUCAAUUUUGAAGCUACUCCGACCCAUGUUCCUCUUUUGCAAGAAUUAUUCUCAUUCUUGGUUGAUAGGGUGAAGAAAUAAGCAUUGUGUUGAGAAGUGGAUGGCCCCUCAGAAGGAUACCAGCAAAUGUUGUUCAGACUCUUAAAAAAUGGCGGCAAAUGCAUUUUUGGAGGAUCCAACAUGGGAUGAAAAUGACUAUCCGAUGAUUGCACCAUUACUGUCCUACGGCCGAGGAGGGGAUACAGAUGUCGGUAGAUUCAUUAGUCUUAUUUUUGGAACCAACCUUACUGAUGUUGUCAUCACAGGGGAAAAUGGAAUCAUUGAUGGACAAGGGCAGCAAUGGUGGGAGAAAUUCCACAAGGGAGAACUAAAAUUUACAAGGCCUUAUUUGAUAGAAAUCAUGUACUCCAAUAAUAUUCAAAUCUCCAGUCUUACUUUAUUUAAUUCCCCUUCUUGGAAUGUCCAUCCUAUAUAUAGUAGGUCCAUCCACAGUGACCUCUCAUCCAAGGAUCUGACUGGAGGUCAGGAUAUGUGGAUUUCCUCCAUUAGAGGACAAAGAAAAGUUCAUGGCAUUUUUUGCAGGCCUAGACUUCUUUGGUGGUGGUAUUCUUACCUAAAAGGAAACUCUAAGACUGGGAGAGCUGGAGAAAAUGCUGUAAAUGAUAUAUUUGUUAUAUUAUCUGAUAGCUGGCUGGACAAUGAUGAGGAGAGAAGAAAAUCUUCUCCCUAAAAUUCCGCAAAUCGAAGAAGAUCAAGAGAAUACUACCAUCAUGGCUGAUGAAUAGGCAACCCACAGGAUAGUUAGAGAAGUGAAAAUCCAACUUCUAACAAAUUUGACCUCCCCAUUUCAGAAGCCGAUAGCAGGAGGCAAUUUCAAGCUUAAACAUAAUAUGGUACUACUUCUAAUCAGCAGUGGACAGUUCACAGGGCUUUCUCAUAAAGAUCCACAUGUCUACUUGUGGAAUUCUGUUGAACUCAAUGAUACAUACAUUCUCAUGAGUGUGAAUGCAGAUAAUAUGAAGAAAACUCUGUUCCCCUUUUCACUGUUUAGGGAAGCAAAAAAAUGGUUGAAUGCGGAACUGAAAAACUCAAUCACCUUAUGGGAUGACAUGGCAAUAAAAUUCCUUAUUCAAUUUUUCCCAUCUGGUAAGACUGCGAGACUUCACAGUGACAUGGUGUGCUUCAAACAGCAUUCAUAUGAGAAUAUUUAACAUGCUUUAGAGCAUUCAAGGCUCUUCUUUGGAACUGUCCACACCAUCAAUAGUCCAACGAGGUAUUUGCUCAUACUUUUGUAAAGGCUCUUGAUCAAAUUACAAAAAUUUUGCUAGAUUCAGCUGCAGGUGGUCAUUCUCUUUAGAUGGCGUAUGAUGAGCUGUACACUCUAUUGAACCACAUAUCUCAAGGGAACCCAAAAUGGCAUUCAAACUUAAGGAGUUCCACAAAAAGAAUUAUAGGUGUAUUAGUGGUGGACCAAUUCACAACAUUAUUAGCUAAGGUUGUGGAAUUUGAUAAACACUCAGUUUAGCAGUCUAAAAGUUAGAACUCUACAGCGUACUAUAAUAGUUAAUGCAAUUCAUAAAACUAAUUAUUGUUGUGAGGUCUUUGGAAAUAGUGGCCAUUCUGCGACCAUGUUUUCUUCAAAUCUGGAAUCGGUAAUGUAUGUGGGCAAUGCUCAAAGACCAAAUUAUGGUAAUGCCUAAAACAUGAAGUGACAGACUUAGCCUUGGAAGGCCCAACAACAGCAAAUUCAGCAAUCACAUUCACAAGGAAAUCAAUAACCUAGCAACUUGGAAGAGAUGAUGAAGUAGGUUCAAGAUAAUCAAACACAGUUGGCUGCAGACGUAAAAAAUUAGUAGGCUACCAGAGAAGCUUAGAGUAGCAAUUGGGGUAGUUACAGUAGGCAUUGAAUACCAGGCCUUAAGGUGGGUUGCCAGCAGAGACAGAAAAUCCAAAACAAGUUAUGGCAAUCACCUUGAGGAGUGGUAAGGAUAUUUUAGGAAAAUCUCUAAAGGUAACUAAUGAGGUGGAUGCAGAUUUGACUCCCCUACAAGUUAAUCACAAAGUUUCUAAAAAGUCAAGGAAAUCUGAGUACUCGAAAUAAAAAGUUAUUGAACAUGGGAAGAAGAUGCCGCCACUUUCUUUCCCUUAGAGAAAAAUAAAAGCGGAGGAGGAUGCAAUGUUUAAGAAAUUCUUUGGCACGUUCAGACAGCUUCACAUUAACUUACCUUUGUUAGUUGUUUUACAGGGUAUGCCAACGUACACUAAGUAUUUUAGGGAUGUGGUUGAUAAUAAGGUAAAGAUGCAAGAGAUUGAAAGAGUAGCACUCAUUGAAGAGUAUAACGCUGUAAUAAUACAAAAUAUGCCGAAAAAACUUAAGGACUAAGGAAAGUUUACUCUCCCCAUACAAAUUAGCAAUAAUGAGGUGGUUCAGGCACUUAGUGAUUCAGGGAAGAGUAUCUAUAUAAUGCCCCUAUCUCUGUUCAAGACAUUAGGUUUGGGUCAGCCCAGACUGUGCACUGUACGUCUAUAGCUGGUAGACGGAUCCAUUGCUUAUCCGGAAGGAAUCAUUAAGGAUGUACUCAUAAAGGUUGGUACAUUUGUUAUUCCUAUUGACUUUAUUGUUCUAGACUUUCAGGAAGACGAACAAACCAAUUAUCUCAAGACGUCCAUUCUUAACAACUGUAGAAGCAUUGAUUGAUAUAAGGGAAGGCACACUCAUGAUGUGGUUGGAGGAUGAAGAGGCGGUAUUUAAAGUUUAUAAAGAACUCAACAUAACGUCCUAAUAUAAAGAAUUGUGUAUAAUUAAUGUUAUUAAAGGGGAAAAGUGUAGGGUGGCUAGUCUGCCAAAGGCCUCUUCUAACACCCUUAUUGAGUAGCCAAAGCCUCUAAUACCGCAGCCUGACAUGAUGCGAGUUGAUGAGCCUGAAAAGGCUAAAGAUAAAAAAUCUGCUAUACUUGAGACUUUACACCCAACAAGGGUGAAAAGAAUAAGAAGAUGGAGACCAAGUGUGAGAAGAGAAGAAAAGAGAAUGGCUAAGUCGUUAGUUGGGUCGUGCGGCGACACUAAAUCAGGAAUUGCUAGGGAGGUAACCCAGUUGAGUAGGUAUAUUUUAUUUUCAGUUUUUAGUUUUUAUUUCACGUUGUUUUUUUUUGUUUUUGAUUGAGUCACAGGUUAUUAAGAAGUUUGAGUACCGAAAACUUGAACUAAGAGCAAUGCAAAAACUGAGUGUGGGGUCCCCCAAAUCUUUUUUAUGCGAAAGAUGCUACUAGCUAGGCCUAGAGGCCUCAGGGAGUAUUUCUAUCUCUUACUUUUAAGUUCACUUUGGGGACAAAAUAGAUUUUAAGUAUGGGGUAGAGAAAUUUCCAAUUUUUGGCUAAUUUGUAAAACUUUUUGUGUAAGAUAUUCUUGUUGGUACUAUUUUUUAUUACAUGGGGCAAGUGUUUUAGUUGUAUAAGCAUGUUGAAUUGUCUGAAUUGCUACUUUUGAGACUCUUAGGCUCAUGUUUAUGA